AUGCAAGUGGCGGCAGAACCUCAACAGACUCGUCACCAACAAGACACUCCGAUGUGCCGCCAAAUCCAGCUCACUAUCACCGAUCACACCCUCCCCAACAUCACUGCCGCCGCCGCUGAAGGUGCCUCAGACAAACUCGACGGGGAGGAUCUCUUCAUUCCGCCCCUCAACUUCGCCAUGGUUGAUAAUGGCAUUUUCCGCUCCGGCUUCCCCGAACCCGCCAACUUCUCCUUCCUCCAAACCCUUGGCAUCCGCUCCGUCAUAUAUUUGUGUCCUGAGCCGUAUCCGGAGGCCAACGUGGAGUUCCUCAAGUCAAAUGGGAUCAAGCUUUAUCAUUUUGGGAUCGAGGGUCAUAAGGAACCUUUUGUGAACAUCCCAGAGGACACGAUCCGUGAAGCACUAAAAGUUGUACUUGAUGUCAGGAAUCACCCAGUUAUAAUUCACUGUAAACGGGGAAAGCACCGAACGGGUUGUUUAGUAGGAUGCUAUAGAAAAAUGCAAAAGUGGUGUUUGUCAUCUGUAUUUGAUGAGUACCAGCGCUUUGCAGCUGCCAAAGCAAGAGUUUCAGAUCAGAGACGUAACAGACCAAGUUAUGCUAUGCUGAGUAAUCUGUUUAUAGUUUGGACUAAACGAAUGAAAAGCUGCAAUGUGGAUUAUGAGCUCAUCUCGAGCUCACGUUGUGACAUGUCUAUGGCUGAACUCCAGUUGCAUGCACUUUGCCGCCUAUGUGAAGAAAAGUUUUGCGCCAAUUAG